CCCACGUGCGGGGCCGCCUCACGUGCUUCCGGUGCGAGUGAAAAAAGUGUGGCUGUGGGAUUUUUUAGGGAGAGUUUGUUGCACGGACCGGAGCUGUCAGAGAUUUGGCCUUUUUUUUUUUUUUUUUAAGGGGGAAAAAAAUACCCCCCAAAAAAAGGGAAAAAAAAAAAAAGAAUUAAAAAAAAUAUUAAUAAAUUGGCCGGGGCGGCGUGCGGCAGCAGGCUGGCGGGGAAGGGCUCCGGCAGCCCGCGGCGUGGGCAGAGCAGAGCGUGACAGCGGGGCAGCGCGGAGCCGCCGCGGCGGCGGCGGGGAGAUGAGCAGAUUUUGACGGGUUUUCGGGGGGCGGGUUUUUUGGGGGGGCCGGGGUGUUGCCGCACACCUUUUUGGGUUUGGUUUUUUUUUCUUCUUUUUUUUUUUUUUUUUUGGUGGUGGAAAUAUAAGCUGAUCGGGAGAAGGGGGAAAGAAGCCCUCGAGUGUCUCCCCGGUUUUGGAUCCAUCCGUGCGAGGGGGAGGAAAAAAAAAAAUCUCAGCUCCAGCCCAACAAGUGGAUUUUAUUCUUUUUUUCUUUUUUUCUUCUUUUUUUUUCCCCAUUUUUUUUUUAAAUUUUCCUCCCCCUUUUCCACCCCGCCACCCACCGGCAAAGUGGGGUGGGCGUAAAGCGGGUGGGUGGGGGGGAAAAAAGGCAGCGAUCUCCGUGGCGGGGACUGAGCAUGGAAGAGCCGCCGGAGGGGCACGGCCACCGAGACGCGGCGCCCGGCCCGGCGAGCAGCGGCAGCGGCAGCGAUGGCGAGAGCGUCCCCGUGUCCCCCAGCCCCGCGCCCGCCUCCCCCGCCGCGCCCUGCCCCCUGCCCCUGCCCCGCCGCCGCCACCCGCCGCCCCCGCCGCCCCCGCCGCCCCACCGCACCACCAACUUUUUCAUCGACAACAUCCUGAGGCCGGACUUCGGCUGCAAGAAGGAGCCGCCCGCGCCGGCCGGCGGCGGAGGAGGAGGAGGAGGAGGAGGAGGCAGCCGGGAGCGGGACGGAGACCGGGGGCAGAGCUCAGGUAGAGAAAACGUCAACCCGCUGCUGGCCCGGCCGCCCAACCCGCCCUCCCUCCUCUGCCCGGACUCGAACUGCCGUCCCGACGGCUCCGCGCCGCCGCCGCCGCCCGCCGCCGCCGCCGCCAAAGCCAGCCCCGCCGCGGCGGUGGCGGCGGCGGCGUCGGGGGCGGCCAAACCCCCCGCCGACGGGGGCGAGACUCACCCGGCGAAGUACGGGGAGCACGGCAGCCCCGCCAUCCUCCUCAUGGGCUCUAAUAAUGGAGGACCUGUUAUAAAGCCCGACUCGCAACAGCCGCUGGUGUGGCCUGCCUGGGUCUACUGCACUAGGUAUUCAGACAGACCGUCCUCGGGCCCCCGCACCAGGAAGCUGAAGAAGAAGAAGACGGAGAAGGAGGACAAGCGGCCGCGGACGGCGUUCACGGCCGAGCAGCUGCAGCGGCUGAAGGCGGAGUUCCAGGCGAACCGGUACAUCACGGAGCAGCGGCGGCAGAGCCUGGCCCAGGAGCUCAGCCUCAACGAGUCCCAGAUCAAGAUCUGGUUCCAGAACAAACGAGCCAAGAUCAAGAAGGCGACGGGCAUCAAGAACGGGCUGGCGCUGCACCUCAUGGCCCAGGGACUCUACAACCACUCCACCACCACCGUGCAGGACAAAGAGGAGAGCGAGUGAGGCGGCGCGGCCCCCCCAGCCCUGCGCCGCGGCGCCGGCCCGCCGGCCGGGAGGCAGACAGGUGCUAUUUAAAAGCAGAUCUAUUGUCUAUCCAUAGUAUAAGGACUCCGAUUAAGAAAAAAAAAAUAUGAACACUUACAAAAAAAUUAUCUCUAUAUAGCCAAACAGCAUAUGACCUUGUAUAUAUUUAAUUUCAGGUAAGAAAUAUGUGUAGCGAUCUCUAUUUGCUGGACAGUUUCUCUCUCCCCUCUUCUCUUUCUCUUUCCCUUUCUUUUGUUCGUUUGUUCGUUUUGUUUGCUUUACUUUUUUCCCCCCUCUCCUCUUGAUGUCCGUCGCUCUUGUUUUACGGUAAAUGUCUGACUUUCCCGAUCUUUCGUUUGAUUUUUUUUUGUCUGUGAAUUUCUGUCUCUUUUUAUUUUUUCUCGGAGGAAAAAAAAAAAUUCUGAUCCACAGACUGCGAGACUGAACCCGCCGCUACAAGCCAAAGAUUUUAUUAUGUUCAGAAAUCUGUAGUCUGAAAUAAAGUGUAGACUGUGUUCAG